AUGUCUGUCCUUAUUACCGGCGCAGGCGGCUACGUCGGCCAGGAGCUGGCGUCUGCCCUCCUUGCCAGCUCCCCAGAUUUGACUGUGACCCUGGCAGACGUCGUGGCCCCAGUCAUCCCUGCAUCUGCAGCGCAACAUGCGUCACGAACAAAGUGUAUUCAAGCCGAUCUUACUUCACCGAAAGUAGUCGACGAACUCUUUACAUCGUCCAACCGCUAUGACACAAUCUACCUCCUACAUGGAAUCAUGUCCAGCGGCGCCGAGGCCAACUUCGAGCUUGGAAUGCGCGUCAACUUCGACGCAACUCGGGAUAUCCUCGACAGGCUCCGCGCCGUCCAGCCCGGGGUCAAAGUCGUCUUUACGUCUAGCCUAGCGGUCUACGGACUUGCGCCCAAGGGCUUCGUGAUUGACGAGACAAACUUCCCACCCGUACCUUCGUCAUCCUACGGCACACAGAAGCUUAUGAUCGAACUGCUACUCAACGACUACUCUCGUCGUGGGUUCAUCGACGGUCGCGCCGUCCGUCUCCCUACGGUGACUGUACGAGCCGGGAAACCAACGCAAGCGGCGAGUAGCUUCGCGAGCGGAAUUAUCCGAGAGCCAUUUCACGGCGAGAAGGCGAUUCUGCCAGUUAGCAAGGACACAGAGAUGUGGAUCUGUUCCCCGUAUACGGUUGUCAAGAACCUUAUCCAUGCGGCCACGGUCCCUGCUGAGGCGUUUGGUGAUUCCAGGUCUGUCAAUCUGCCUGGUCUUGUGGUUAGCGUGCAAGAGAUGUUGGAUGCCUUGGAGGAGAUCGGUGGCAAGGAGAAACGGGCGCUUGUCGAGGAGAAAUACGAUGCGGAUAUUGAUCGAAUUGUGCAGACGUGGUCGCCGCACUUUAACCCGGCCCGAGCACUGAGUUUGGGAUUCUCGGAGGAUAUUCCCAUGAUUGAAAAUGUGCGGCAGUACGCUAGUCAGUUCAAGUAG